CCAGCUCCGGCCUUGCCGAAGAGGCGGCGCGGCCCCCGGAAGGACUUGGCACGACUGGCGGGAGAAGCGAGAGGGCGGAAGCGGAGGAGGAGAGGAGGCCCGAGCACCCGGGGCGUGCGGCGCGGACUGAGCGUCCCGGCCUGAGCCUCCCGCGGCGGCCGCGCCGUGCGGAGCCACUGCGCCUGCGCGCCCGCCCACCCGCCCGACGGUUCCCGCGCCGCGCCCCGCGUCUCCUCCCGGCCGUGCCGGGCCCGGCGGCAUGUCGCGGCGGCGGCACAGCGACGAGAACGAUGGGGGACAACCUCACAAAAGGAGAAAGACUUCUGAUGCAAAUGAAACUGAAGAUCAUUUGGAAUCUUUAAUAUGCAAAGUAGGAGAAAAGAGUGCCUGCUCUUUGGAGAGCAACUUAGAAGGCUUGGCUGGUGUUUUAGAAGCUGAUCUUCCUAACUACAAGAGCAAGAUCUUAAGACUUCUUUGUACAGUUGCACGUCUGCUACCUGAGAAGUUGACAAUUUAUACAACACUAGUUGGAUUGCUGAAUGCCAGGAAUUACAAUUUUGGUGGAGAAUUUGUGGAAGCCAUGAUUCGUCAACUGAAAGAAUCAUUGAAAGCAAACAAUUAUAAUGAAGCUGUAUAUUUGGUUCGUUUUUUGUCAGAUCUUGUGAAUUGUCAUGUCAUUGCCGCCCCUUCAAUGGUUGCUAUGUUUGAGAAUUUUGUAAGUGUCACUCAGGAAGAAGAUGUGCCUCAGGUUCGACGGGAUUGGUACAUAUAUGCAUUUCUGUCAUCUUUGCCCUGGGUUGGAAAGGAGUUGUACGAAAAGAAAGACGCAGAGAUGGACCGUAUCUUUGCCAGCACUGAAAGCUAUCUUAAAAGGCGCCAGAAGACUCAUGUGCCCAUGUUACAAGUAUGGACUGCAGAAAAACCACACCCACAGGAAGAGUAUUUAGAUUGCCUCUGGGCCCAGAUUCAGAAAUUGAAAAAGGAUCGCUGGCAGGAGCGGCACAUCCUAAGACCUUAUCUUGCCUUUGACAGCAUCCUGUGUGAAGCACUACAGCACAGCCUGCCUCCUUUCACUCCGCCGCCUCACACCGGAGACUCCGUGUACCCGAUGCCAAGGGUCAUCUUCAGGAUGUUUGAUUACACAGAUGAUCCAGAGGGCCCUGUAAUGCCCGGCAGUCAUUCAGUGGAAAGAUUUGUAAUAGAAGAGAAUCUUCACUGCAUCAUUAAAUCCCACUGGAAGGAAAGGAAGACUUGUGCCGCCCAGCUUGUGAGCUACCCAGGGAAGAACAAGAUCCCCCUGAAUUACCACAUCGUUGAGGUGAUCUUUGCAGAACUGUUUCAGCUUCCGGCACCUCCUCACAUUGAUGUGAUGUACACAACCCUUCUUAUUGAAUUGUGCAAACUUCAGCCUGGCUCUCUACCCCAAGUCCUUGCACAAGCAACUGAAAUGUUAUACAUGCGUUUGGACACAAUGAAUACUACAUGUGUAGACAGGUUUAUUAAUUGGUUUUCCCAUCAUCUCAGUAAUUUCCAGUUCCGAUGGAGUUGGGAAGAUUGGUCAGAUUGUCUUUCUCAAGAUCCUGAAAGCCCUAAACCAAAGUUUGUAAGAGAAGUUCUAGAAAAAUGUAUGAGGUUGUCUUACCAUCAGCGAAUAUUAGAUAUUGUUCCUCCUACCUUCUCCGUGCUUUGUCCCGCAAAUCCAACGUGCAUUUACAAAUUUGGGGAUGAAAGCAGCAAUUCUCUUCCUGGACAUUCUGUUGCCCUCUGUUUAUCUGUUGCCUUUAAAAGUAAAGCAACCAAUGAUGAAAUCUUCAGCAUUCUGAAAGAUGUACCAAAUCCUAACCAGGAUGACGAUGAUGAUGAAGGAUUCAGUUUUAACCCAUUGAAAAUAGAGGUCUUUGUGCAGACCCUGCUACACUUGGCAGCCAAGUCCUUCAGCCACUCCUUCAGUGCUCUCGCAAAGUUUCAUGAAGUCUUCAAAACCCUAGCUGAAAGUGAUGAAGGAAAAUUACAUGUUCUGAGAGUUAUGUUUGAAGUCUGGAGAAACCACCCACAGAUGAUAGCUGUGCUUGUGGAUAAGAUGAUACGUACACAAAUUGUUGAUUGUGCUGCGGUAGCAAAUUGGAUCUUCUCUUCAGAACUCUCUCGUGACUUUACCAGGCUGUUUGUUUGGGAAAUCUUGCACUCCACCAUUCGUAAGAUGAACAAGCAUGUUCUGAAGAUCCAGAAGGAGUUAGAGGAAGCUAAAGAAAAGCUUGCAAGACAGCACAAACGGCGAAGUGAUGAUGACGACAGAGGCAGUGACAGGAAAGAUGGGGCUCUUGAGGAACAAAUAGAAAGACUGCAAGAAAAAGUGGAAUCGGCCCAGAGUGAACAGAAGAACCUCUUCCUUGUUAUAUUUCAGCGUUUCAUCAUGAUCCUCACCGAGCACCUGGUCCGCUGUGAGACCGAUGGUACCAGUGUCCUGACUCCCUGGUAUAAGAACUGCAUAGAGAGGCUCCAGCAGAUAUUCUUGCAGCAUCACCAGAUAAUCCAGCAGUACAUGGUGACCCUGGAGAACCUGCUCUUCACUGCCGAGUUGGACCCGCACAUCCUCGCCGUGUUCCAGCAGUUCUGUGCCCUGCAGGCCUAGGGGCCAGUGACCCCUCCUGUUAACAUUUUUUUCAAUCUUAAAAUUUGUCUUAUUUUU